UAUAAAGAAACCAGCAAAAUGCUUAUGAAUCGCGCAAGCAGACACACCUCCCGUCGAGUCGAUUAGUGGCAUUUUAUAUUUACCAGCUGCCGGUAAGUUUUAUAACAGCCUAAAUUAACGUCAAGGGGUGGGACACAGUUUCGUAGAGAAUUACUUAUAGCAUUUGCGGAAGACAGAGACCCGCGUGGUUCGCCCACCAACUCUCUAAACUCAGUGAGAAGUACCAGAUGGUGGUUGUUGUCGUUGUGAAAUGGAGUUGUCGGAGCACAUCAAGACCGCUAAUGUUGAAGAUGUUACCCUGAAAAGACCUUUCCAUCCAGCGCUCAGAGGAACCCUGUGCGUUACCAGCCACCACCUCCUGUUCUCGGACAGAAAGGAUGAAGCUUCCUGGCAACUUCUCAUUCUCCUCAAGAACAUCGAUGCCGUUGAGAAAAGUGUCGAGAAUCUUUUCGGAUACCCCAGGGCUGUGGGAUCCUCUGGUACUAUUACCAUUAAAUGUAAGGACCUGCUGGUUCUUCAGCUUGAAAUUCCCGGAAUGGAGGAAUGUCUGAAUAUAGCCAGUUCCAUAGAGGCUCUUUCAUCUCUGGAAAGUGUGACAGAGAUGUACCCCUUUUUCUACAGACCGUCACAUCUUACCCUGCAUGGCCCAUGGGGCCUGUCCUCAACGGAGCAAUAUUACAAACAAACAGAAAGGCUGUGGGACAGGUGGAGAGUCAGUACAGUAAACUCAGAUUAUUCUGUAUGCCCAUCGUAUACAUCUGCGGUCAUUGUGCCUCGUGAGGUGGAUGAUGACAAGCUGAUCCGCUCAGCCAGGUUCAGACAGGGCGGCAGAUUUCCCGUGCUCUCCUACUGCCACCAUAGGAAUGGAAUGGUGAUCAUGCGAAGCAGCCAGCCUUUGACAGGAGCCAAUAAGAAGAGAUGUAAGGAGGAUGAGCUCCUUCUCCAGGCUGUGAUUGAUGGUUCAGAGCUGGGUUAUGUCAUUGAUCUGCGUUCUGCCCAGCAAGCCCAGCAGGCCCGGAUGACAGGAGGAGGUUUUGAGUCUAAAUCCUGUUAUAGUCACUGGAAAAGAAUCCAUAGACACCAUGAAAGGGGUAAAGUUGUGCAGGAGAGUCUUAUUAAGCUGGUGGAAGCGUGCAAUGACCCGUCUCACAGUGUGGACCGCUGGCUCAGUAAAUUGGAGAACUCCAAAUGGCUUUCCCAUGUUCACAGUGCGCUGUCCACUGCAGGCCUGGUAGUAGAGUGUGUGGAGAGGGAUGGUCACUCUGUGCUUGUGCAUGGCUCUGAAGGGACAGACAACACGCUGCUGGUGAGCACAUUGGCUCAGCUUAUUCUAGACCCCGCCUCUAGAACUGUCACUGGCUUUCUCUGCCUGCUGGAGAGGGAAUGGAUACAGGCUGGACACCCAUUCCAGCAGCGCUGUGCUCAUUCGGCGUACUCUCAUGCCCGUCUGAAGCUAGAGUGCCCGUCUUUCCUGCUGCUGCUUGACUGCGUGUGGCAGGUGUGGCGGCAGUUUCCUCUGGCGCUGGAGUUUAGUGAGGCCCUGCUGCUCCGACUGGCACAAGAGGCUUAUGCUUCUAACUAUGGAACCUUCCUGUGUAACAGCGAGCAGGAGAAAUGUGCAGCAGGAGUGAAGGAGAACACACACUGUUUGUUUCAGUCCCUAUCAAAGCCUGAUAUUGAAGAGCAGUACCUCAACCCACUGUAUGAACCCAAUGAUUUGGCCAUUUGGCCCUCAGUACAUCCUCAGUCCUUACAGCUCUGGACAGGGCUGUUUCUCAGGUGGACUGAGUAUGCUCAGAACAUGGUGGAAGCUCGAGAAGAGGUGUGGAGCAUUGUGAAAGAGCACCGUGAGAAAGCUGGACCUGACCGGUCCAAUAACACACCUAGUACACACUGUGACACCCUAACCCCAUUUGAGAACCUCAUGGAUGAGCUGACUAUCUUGUGACCUCAUGGUGGAAUGGAAAUUGUAGUACUACUUUGCAUUUUUUGGCAAAAACAUAAGUAUCACUGCCAAUCAGAUAUACUAAUAUUUAAAGAGCUUUUAGAUCUAAUAUCAUUUAGGAAAGCCAUCACUGAAUAAUAAUCAGACACACUGGUAUUAUGGCCUUCUGUCUGAACAAAAUGCUAAUGUAAACAGUGCCAAAUAGGGGAAAAUGUGUGUUUAUUGGAUUUACUGUUACAUGAGACAGCAUCAGUCAUGAUGUUUUAGUGUAAACAUUUUUCACAGUUACAGACAGCUGAAUGUUAAAUGGGGUAAAUGUGAAAAGUUUGAGGACAUACCAGAAUGUGAUUUUAAGCAAGUUACAAACAGCGUUUGCAAAUGGAACACAGUUUAUAAUUAAUUAUUGCACAGCUCUCUGGAAUAUGUGAUUCUGUUUGGUUAAUCAACAGAUUUAGUGUUAAAGGGAUUGUUCACCCCAAAGAAAUUAAGAUUCUGUCAUUAUUUACUUACCUUCAAACUGUUUCAAAUUACCUGUAUGACUGUGUGACACAAAGCAGAUAUUUUAAAGAAAGAGUUUCUGGUCCCAAUUGACUUCCAUAAUAUGAAAAAAUAAUACCAUAAAAGUCAGUAGGAAAAAAGACUUCAAAGUAUGUUCUAUUAUGAAACUUAUACAGAUUUGGAACAACUUGAGGGUGAGUAAAAUGAUGAUAGCAGAAUUUUCAUUUUUGGGUGAGUUAGCUGCUCAUCCUAAAAAAAUUGAGAAUUUAAACUCAUAUCCAUGUAUUUAUUUGUUUGUUAAGCAGCCAUGCUAAAAGCAGGAUCAUGCACAGUUAGACAGCCAUGCUCAGGAAAUAAAUCCCUUCAAAGUGAUAUAACAUUACUGUACAUAAUGCUUGCUUAUGUAAUGGUUCUAAGGAUGGUCAGAAAUUAACUGCGGCACAAGAAAAUAAUGUCAACAAUUUUAGGCGAAUUCCUGUUACUAGUAGUCUGUUACAGUAGUGAACUGUAUAAUCUAACAUGGGGGGCAGUCAACUAUUGUUAAAUUAUUAUGAAUAAAUAUUAUUAAAAUGUG